AUGGAGAAUCCCUCUAAAGAACCUGCUGACAACCGAUAUGUCGAGGCAUUCAACUGGAUUACUGCUAGAACCUCUUUACGUCCAAAAAUAGGAGUUGUCUGUGGCAGCGGACUUGGCAAAUUCGCUGAUACUUUAGACGAAGCCCAAGCUUUCGAAUACAAAAACAUUCCCCAUUUCCCCCUUUCAACUGUUCCUGGACACAAGGGAAGACUUGUUUUUGGAAAGAUCCGCGGAAAGGAAGUUGUUUGUAUGCAAGGACGGUUUCAUCUUUAUGAAGGUUAUCCUGCCAAUGCUUGUGCUUUCCCUAUUCGACUAUUCAAACUCCUGGGAGUCGAAAAAUUAGCGCUUACAAAUGCAGCGGGAGGACUCAACCCUUAUUACAAAAUGGGCGAUUUCAUGAUCGUGAAGGACCAUAUCAACCUUCCAGGUUUGGUCGGACUGCAUCCUACGCUUGGGGAAACAGAUCUAUUUUGGGGCCCUCGUUUUACGAAUAUGUUUAAUUGUUACGACGCCGAGUUACGAAAAUCGGCAAAAGAAAUAGCAACUGAAAUCGGAGAGGAUAGAAUUCAAGAAGGCGUUUACCAAUGCAUCACAGGCCCUUCUUAUGAAACAGUAGCUGAAAUGAAGAUGGCUCAAAGCUACGGAGUAGAUGCUCUCGGGAUGAGUACUGUUUACGAAGUUACUGCAGCCAGACAGUGCGGACUGAAAUGCAUGGCUAUCUCUUUAAUUACGAAUGAAUGUAAACCAAACUACGAGGAAGUAAAUGAGGUGAGCCACGAAGAAGUUGUGGAAAUCGCGGACAAGGAGGGUUCGAAAAUGAUAAAUUAG